UACACUGAGCUGCCAAACACAAAAUUAAAUGCUUUCUAAGCCUUUCUUCCAGGUAUCGCUUUGCGAACAGGAUUUGUCUUUCUUUUGACUGAAUUUUGUUUUAUCUUUUGAAUAAAGUUAAUAUUGCGCAGUAUUGAAUUAAUUAUUUAUCGUCUUGAAGCAUGAGUGGCAGUGAUGCAUUGAAGAGGUUUCUCUUGGAUUAUUCAUCAUCAGAAAGCAAGAUUGGAUGGAUACGCGGACACUUUUAGCUGUUGGAUUUAUUUUACUUUUAUCGGUUUCAUGUUCUUGAUGCAGUCUAUGGUCCAUAGACGAUGUAAAGAGGUACCCCUGAUUUGGCCGCUUUCUUGGUGCUCGCGAAAGCGCUUGGACUGCUACGAAAGCCCGGGAAAAGUUGGAAUGAAUGUUAUGCAUCAAUCUUGAGGUGGCGACACGCUGCCGUUUACUGAUGCACAGUAUUUAUGAGUGAUAGUAUUUAUGUUAUCGGAUUAAUUUUACAAGAAUAUCUAUCUUGUGGUGGAGCUAGCGAUUCGUCUCUGACAUCGGUGAGAAGAUAAGAUGUCCACUAGAUCGGCGCAGAAGUACAGGCAGUCCUCCUGGAUAUCUUCGCAGUCCCCCUCCAGUAAAAGCCAGAAAGGCCCCCACUGGACGCAGAGUUUAUCGGAGGCUGUUAUUAUUGCACAUCCUGAGGGCAGCCUGGGAUUGACCAUUAAAGGUGGUGCCGAUUAUGGCGAAUUUCCUUACCUUGGAGAAUUGAAACAGGAGAAUAUUCUUUACGGCCAAGGCUUCUUACAGCAAGACGAUCUAAUUUUAGACGUUCAAGGCCAGAAAGUGGCUGGUUUCACCCAGCGCGAUGUGGUAUUGUGGCUCAAACACUGCAGUCGCAAUCGGACACCUGUUUCGCUGAAAUGUGUCAAAGCGGGGCAUUUAACGAAGGAUCUGAAGGAAUUCCUGGCCGGGGGCUUCCCGAAAGGGAGUCUAGACCAUGAGCUGCAGAAUACGAUUCGGGAUAAUUUAUAUAUGCGGACGGUACCUUGUACAACGCGGACUCCCAGGGAGGGAGAAAUCAACGGACAGGAUUAUUGGUUUAUGACGCAGGAUGAGUUUAUGGAGCUGGAGAAACAGGGACACCUGUUGGAGAGUGGUUUAUACACAGGAAAUUAUUACGGCACUCCCAAACCACCACACGAACCCCUGGAUAAAAAGGCCCAAUCAAUAGCCGACAUCGUUCAGCCCGGAGCCCAUCCGUCAUCCGAAGGGAAGCGGAAACGGAACCGCAGCAAUGUCGAAGCCUUAUCACCAGGGGCUUCUACGGAAUCGACAGAAGACUUGCUGUCUGUGUUAGCACAGAAACGGGCCAUUCAAAACGGUGCCCCCGAAAUGCGUAAUGAGAUGGCAGACAGUAAUGGCACGGGAGAUGGUACUAUGAUGGCGCGUGACGCACACCGUUUCGUGGCCCCCCAAAUGAAGCAGGAUGGUGGAUUGUGGGGUAAUAUUGCAUCGCAGGCUGUUAACAAGAUUCGGCAUCAUGAUUCCGGUCAUCAUUCGGAAGACGAACAUGCCCUGCGACACGAAGAGGAGCUGCCAUAUGGAUGGGAGAAGGUCGAUGAUCCCAUUUACGGGACCUACUAUAUCGAUCACAAUAACAAGCGCACGCAGUACGAUCAUCCGCAAACCCCAAGGGUGGAAGUCUCUAGUGGCUCAAGUGGCUACACUUCGUCGACAUUUCCACGUGUCAAGAAACGUCCGCCUGGCAGUCCAGAGAGUCGUGUUCCCAAGUCGGCAUCAACGCAUGUGGCGUUAAAUGGCCAACGAGGAGGCGGACGACAGAUACUGCGCCCCGAGGAUCUUCGGGGAGAUCUGAUGGAUGUGGCGUUAAAUAAGAGUAAUCGCGGAUUGGGCUUCACGAUUAUCGGUGGAGAAGCGAAUCAGAAGUUUCCGGAUGCGGAUUUUGACGAGGACGAUGUUACCGGAAUGGGCACUUUGUUGCAGUUGAAAAGCAUCGCGCCGGGUGGUCCUGCCGACCUGGAUGGGAGAUUACGGUCGGGUGACGCGCUGGUCAACAUUAAUGACCGCUGUGUUUUGGGAUUCACACACGACCAGGUUAUUGAGCUGUUCCAAAAAAUUCAGCCGGGCGAACUGGUCAGAUUGCGAGUGUGUCGGGGCUACCCUCUGCCGGCCGAUGCAACUGAUCCCCGGGCACAAAUUAUAACAACGGACGCGGUUUCCAGUGCGGGAAAUGGGGUUACGAGUGUGGGAAGUUCACGGCCGCGCAUGGUGGAAACGCAGCGGCAGUCGACCACCGACACGCGGACUUCUAUCGAUACUAAUGAUCAGGAAGUGGCGGCUGCUUUCUUCGACCAGCAGCCGGUGGCCAGUGGACCGUUGUAUAAAUUGCAAAUCACCAAGGGAUCGUCGGGAUUCGGGUUUACCAUUGCGGAAAGUCCGGAUGGUCAGACGAUCAAGAAGAUCGUUGACAAGAAACGUUGCCAAGGUCUGCUCGAAGGCGAUUUGCUAGUGGAAAUAAAUAACCGAGUUGUACGAGGAUUGGAUCAUACCAGUGUGGUGGAAGUGUUCAAAGAAGCACCUAUCGACGAGCCAUCCGUCUUUGUUGUCCAGCGGGCGCAACGGAUAGAAGGACGUAAAGAACAGCGUGCCAGCCGAGUUUUGGGACGAUCCAAAACUCCCACGGCUGAUAUGUACAAAAGCCAUACUAAUACCAGCAGCACUGAGAUUUCUCAUCCGAAAAAACAGCGUUCGAAAACUCCUACACCUCGCCCGUCAUCCUCAUCGUUUUUUGGUUUCUUCCGCUCUAAAACGCCCAAGCCGGUUAAAGAAAACGUUCAAGAAGCGGUCACAAGUACGUCCACCAGUAACACUGUGGUCUACGAGAAACCUACAAAAACAACCGAGACUGUGGUCAAAACGGACACACGCAGCCCGGAUAAGGCUGUGUCGCCGGCGCCGCAGUCGCAAGACGCCGAUUUUAAAAGAAAUCAGUUCGCCUACUCUUCCAUGACACGAAUGGUUACCCCGAGUUACAUACCUGCCAGUCAGUAUACGAAAAAGAACGAAGAAAAAAUGCAGAACCAAGCGUUUGUAUCUAAUGCCGUGCCAGAGUGGAAUCGAGCCGAUUCGACCUCCACCAUGUAUGCGCGCGUACAGAAACCCGUGGAACCACCGACUGCCGUAGCGCAUCCAGUACGGAUUAACGGAAUGGAUAACCGACCGUCUAAGCUGCGGCUGAAUGGGCCAUCUUUUGAGAAUUCUUCCCUGGCAUCGAUUCCGUCGUCGACAGCUAUUGAUGGCGACAACGAGUCGCAGCUGCAUUCGCCUCCCGGCUCCAUAGACCUGAUUGUUACAUUGCGGCGCGAAGAUGCUGGAUUUGGAUUCCGCAUUGUUGGCGGCACCGAGGAAGGCUCUCAAGUUGCCGUUGGGUAUGUUGUACCCGGAGGUGCCGCGGAAAAGGAUGGACGAUUGGAAGUUGGUGAUGAAAUUGUGAAUAUCGACGGGGUAUCGGUGAUGAAUGCUUCUCACAGUCAGGUCAUCCAGAUGAUGCAAAAAUCAUCGCUAAAUGGCUUCGUGGUGUUGGGAGUACGGCGCCGCAUCAAUUAUGCUCCAGCCAAUGUGGCUCGCGAGAUCACCAUCCACCGUCAGCCCAACGAGGGUUUUGGUUUCGUUAUUAUCAGCAGUAUUGCACGAAACCAGCAGCUGGGCAAUGGGACAGCCGUCAACGGCGGCAGUGCGCCGAUUAUUAACUAUCCCAUUCUGGGACGUAUUCUGGACAAUAGUCCAGCUGAGCGUUGUGGCGAGCUGCAUGUCGGUGAUAAAAUUCUAGCGGUUAACGGGAUUGAUGUGCUGCAUCUGCACCACUCGGAAAUUGUACAGAUGAUCAAGGAAUCAGGAACAAGUGUUAUGCUGACGAUUAUGUCACAAGCCAGCGGACUGCCUGGUAUGGAAAGCUCGCCGAUUCAUGAUGCCAGCACUGUUUCGGCCAACUCCCAGCAGCGCUUCGACGAAUUUUACCGGCAAGAAGCGGAGGGCGCCUUUGUUCCGUACAGUCCGCAGCCAACCGGGGCCAACAGUAAAGUGGAAUAUAUAUUAAUCGAACUGGAGCGUGCUACCCGUGGCUUUGGGUUUAGUAUUCGGGGUGGGAAGGAAUUUCACAUGCCGUUAUUUGUUCUGCGUAUAGCGGAAAAUGGACCGGCAGCCGAUGAUGGGCGUCUGCGAGUGGGUGACGAAAUCAUCGAAAUUAACGGGAUCAGCACGAAGGACUUCACUCACGGUGAAGCAAUAGAACUGAUUCAGCGUGGUGGCACGCUGGUGCGUCUGCUAAUCAGACGGAAUUCCGCGACAGGAAUGGUCUCACCGACACAUGGGCAGCAACAGCUGGGGAUGUCCGUUCCUCAGUCCGGCAGCAAUCAUUCGAUGAGCGGUGUGGUAUCACGGCAAUAUAUUGAUGCAGGAUCCUACGGCAACUACUCGUCUUCCAGUAAUCUUCCUUAUAAUACAAGUGCGACUUAUCGGGCUUCCCCUUCAACGCAGACAUACCCUACGCAAGGAGCGUAUCAGACGCAUUUGCAGAGCACCAAUGUGGCGUUUCAGGCGCGGCCUUAUUACUUCGGUUCUUCGGGAAAAUAACUGAUUUCUUGCAUCGAGCAGCUGACCUUGCUUGCGUUGUUUUUGUUGAUUUAUAAUUUCUAGAGCUUCCUAUUUGCUUGGUUAUCCGAUUUUGGACGCCAACUGUAUCCGUUGUGACAUUCGCAGUUUUAUGGACCAGGUCAUUUCAGUACUGUCAUUUUUCUUGCACAUGUAGUUUUAAUUUUCAGGCAUCUAUAGAGUUGCAAUAAUGCAUGCUCGCGUUCUGUAAUGUUCUUGUCUUUGUUGGUGAAGUCCAUGGAUUGCGUAUUCUGCGUUUUGUUUUGAUGUUUCUGAAUUUUUAAGUUUUAUGCUUGUUCUACGACAUUUGUUAAAAAAUUCUCAAACUCAAAGGCGGAGGACGUGAUAAUGGUGUAAUACAAGCUUUCUUUACUGAUUUCUGCAGUCCAUGGAAAGGAAAA